AUGAUGUUGCGGACAUUUCUCGUUUGGACUCUAUUCGUGGCAUUGAGCGUCCAUUGCUUUCAACAUCUUCAACAAAAGACGAGAGCAACAACUUCUUGUCAACGACGACAAGAAGAGGGUGAUAUUGAUUCCCGAAAUGGCUUGUUUCCUCCGAAGGUACAAGAUCAAGUUGCACAGCAAUAUCGAAAAACACUACAGUGGGACACUUCUUCCAUAAAAUCCAAACCAUGCAGCUGCCCUCCUGAUGGUGAUGAUUAUGGUGACCAGCAGAUUAUGAGUGGCGCAGACGAAGAUGUCAUUUCAGAUGUUGGCGAGGCUGCUUUUGCUAUGCUCGGAUCCUUAUGGGCAGAAGGAGGAAACAUACCAACGUCGCUAUUAUUUCCAGAUUCUGCUGCUAUUGCUGCUGGCGAGACAUUAUGGAUUGGAAAACGACAACAGCAGCAGCAGCAUGGGCAUGACAAGAAUCUCCUCCCCAGAACCAGAAUACGAGCAGUGAUCCAAGAGUUGUCCAAUCAUCCUACUUAUGCCAAUAAACAAGCCAAGCUGAUGGAUUUAAUCUCGGCGCAUAUUCUGUAA